GCGGCGGGCGCAGCAUGGCGCGGCGGCACUGAGGGAGCAGCGGCCUCCCCGGCCCGGCCUUUGUCUCUCCGGUGUCCCCGGAGCGGAGGAGCCCGCGCGGGGGCCUGCGGCUGAGCCCGGUCCGCCCCGCAGGUGCGGGAGACGCGCACCGGGGUUCGCUACCGGGCGGCGGCGGCGGCGCCCGGAGGAACUUGGCCGAAGUUCGGCUGUGGGCGGGCGGGAGGUUCCCGGUGCCGGGGUGAGCCCGGUGCGCCGCGGGAGCCGCCCGGUCCCCGCCGCCCGGGCGCGGGAUGCGGCUGCCCCGGCGCCGCCGCACCGCGGCCGCCCCCAACUUUCCCCGCUGACGGCGCCCGGGGCCGCGGGCGAUGGUGAGGGCCGUCCGCCCGCCCGCCGCCGCCCGCCGCCGGCCCCAGCGCUCCGCCGCCCGCUGAAGCGGCCGGAGCCGCGCCCGCCGCUGCCCGGGACGAUGGUGCGCUGGGAGGCGGCCGCGCUGCUCGCCGCGCUCGUCGGCGUCUGCGUCUGGACCGACGAGACCGGGAAAGUUAUCUCGGAUCGGUACGCCGUCUACUGGAACCGGAGCAACCCCAGGUUUCACCGCGGGGACUACACGGUGGAAGUGAGCAUCAACGACUACCUGGACAUCUACUGCCCACACUACGAGGAGCCGCUGCCUGAGCGGAUGGAACGCUACAUCCUCUACAUGGUCAACUACGAGGGGCAUGCGUCCUGCGACCACCGGCAGAGAGGCUUCAAGCGCUGGGAGUGCAACCGGCCCGACUCCCCCAACGGGCCCCUCAAGUUUUCGGAGAAGUUCCAGCUCUUCACCCCCUUCUCGCUGGGCUUCGAGUUCAGACCCGGCCAUGAGUAUUACUACAUCUCCGCAUCCCCCCCAAACAUGGUGGACAGGCCCUGCCUGAAGCUGAAGGUUUAUGUUCGGCCAACAAACGAUUCCCUCUACGAGUCCCCGGAGCCCAUUUUCACCAGCAACAACUCCUGCUGCAGCCUCAGGGUCCCGCACACUGUGCUCGUGGUGGUACCCGUCGUCUGGACGCUCCUGGCCUCGUAGCACCGACACUGACGUGCCAGGGAGUGGGCUCUGCAGGGAAGGAGCAGCCCGGGGACGGAUCCUGGCCACCCUGAAUCGCCUUCAAGCCGUGGCUCCUGCGGCAGCAGGACAGUGCCUGGGGAGGUUGCCGGUGUGGAGGGUUGGUGCUGCUGACCAGAAGCUCACCUGGAUCCUGCCGCCGCCUGAAGUCCCCAUCUUCGCACGGCCACCACGCCAGGGCGUAGCAUGGGGGAUGGGGAAGGUCUGCCCGGCAGGAUGGAUCCUGGUGCACGCUGAAAGCUCCCGUCCCUGUGCUGCGGCUCACUCAGCGCCGGCCCUCCCUGUGGGAUGUCGCUUUUUACAUUUCUAGACCAAAUAUAGAGUCCUCGUUAUUUUGUUUUGAGGGGUUUUUGGGGUUGGGGUUUUUUUUGUUUGUUUGUUUUUUAAAGAAAAAAGAUUUUUAUUUUUAUUUGCUGGGUUGUUUCAGUCCAGGCUUCCCCGUAUCAGACUGACCUGCACGGGGCCAGGCUCAGCCCCAUCCCACUGAGCCCCUGGCCACUGUGGCUACAGCACCGUGGCCUUGCCUAGCCAUGGGCAGAGCCACGGGCAGUGCCGGGAUGCUGGGAGAGACGGACGCCAGCGAUGGUGCCGACUGCUCCGUUGUCACAGACUCCUUCCCGCUCUGGCCAUCGCUGCGGCCACAGGACACUGCAGCUGUGCCAGCCCCACCGCGCUUCCCCUGCCCCCCCUGUGCCACGGGGAUGCGGGGCCUGGACAGACACAAGCCCCCGCUGAGCACCCGGCAGGGUGACCCCAUCCCCACCGCUCGUGCCACGGAUGUCACCACUGUCCCCAGGGGACCCUGGGGCAGCUCGGUGAGCAGCAAAGCAACCUGGAGGUACCCGAGGGGAGCAGCGGGGACGGCUGGCAUGGGGGGCACCGGGGGUGCUGGGAGCCGGCGGGCCGGGCUCAUCCAGCAGCUGGGGUCGCUCCGAGGGUUGGGGGCUGGAGCCCCCGUCCCUGGCAGGGCUGAUCUUGCUGGGCAGGAGGAGCGUGCUGGCCCAGCGCUGCCCCUGGGGCAGGUUUUUCCUCCUCCGCAGCCUUCUGCUCUGCACAGCAUCCCCCCCUGAUGCCAUGGGGGGACAAGACCCCCCAUGGGGUGGGCCGGCAGCCGCAUGCAGGACCAUCGCGGCAUUCCCCGUGGUCACCCCUUCAUCCCCUGGCUGCUGCUGGCAUCCCCAGCUGGGGAUGUUCUGGGGUUCUGGGGCUGGGCACGGGGAUUUAUUUUUUUUUUUUUUUCCUUUUCCUUCUUUGCAUUAAUAAGACACCCCCUACCCUGAACCUCCCGAGCUGAGGUUGGCCCUGCCCCCAGGGGUGGCAGGUCCCCACGGAGGGGUCCCCCAGCAGCCCCCAGGGCCCGACCCCUCCUCGCCUUAAAUCGGGGGCUGUCCCACCUAGGGGGGUCCUGUUCCUGUCCUGCAGAGCCCCCCCACGCCCCAGGGGGUCAGUGGUCCCGGGGGAUGACAGCGAUGGGCUCAGGCCAAGCUGAAGCCCCUCCUGUGGGCGCCUUUUCCAAGCGCACCCCAGCCCCUUCCAGCAGUGGGGGGGACACACCAGUGGGGGCUCCGUCCCUGUACAUACAGCGCUAUACUGUGAGCGGUUUUUUUUUAUGUAUUGUUGAGAAUGAAUUUUAUGGAAGGGUUUAUUUUAUUUUAUUUUUUAGACUAGGAAGCUGAAAUCUCGCAAUAAGCUCAUCUCCACCAUCCAAAAAAUACAAAAAAAAAAAAAAAAAAAAUCGCAUUCCCUGCCGUCCUGUCCCUGUCCCCGUGUGUCCAGACCAGGUCGUGGUUCUCGAAGGCGAGCGAAAGCAUCAUGUUUAUCUAGGGGAUGAGGGAGGGCACCCACCGAGCCGGGCGCUGAGCACCCACCGGGCUCUGACAAGGAGCUGGCAGCACCCACCUGCCGUGGUGCUGGCUUGUGGGGGGAGCAGUGAUGGCAAAAACCUGGCCUUUGGUCUGUGUUUUUAUAUAUAUAUAUAAUUAUAUAUAUAAAUAUCUAUAUUGUGUACAGCGACUGUGGGAGAGUGGAAAAGUGAAGUGCGGCAGCAAGGCUGGCAGGGGCCAGCAGCCGCGGCGAGGGGUGGUGGGGGCUGGGGGUGCUUCGCUGUGGCCGGGCUGUGUCCCUUGGGUGCAGCCCAUCAUUGGUGCUGGUUCUGCGUGUUGGUCUCCAUUCCGCCUAGCUUCGUCCUUAGACACGCCGCUUUCGUCCUCGACGUUGUGCUGAUGGUAAACCGGAUCACCGCCCCAUUUGGAUUCUGUAUUUUUUUAUAAUAAAAUAAAAAUAAAUGUCCUGUGAGCUCCUUGCU